AUGUUACUGUCUGUUUUCGGCAACGAAGCGCCACAUCAGUCGACAAUUUCCCGUUGUCUUAGCGACAAUCCCAGGUGGGAAAACGUCGAUGCUGUGCGCAUCAUCAUUGAAGAUAGACAUGUGACAUAUCGAGAGAUUGAGGCAUCCUUGAAGAUCUCAAAGACCUCAAUUCAAAAAUUUUUACAAAAAGAAUUAGGAGUAAGAAAAUUAGUUUCUCAGCAGAAAGCAGCCAGGGUUAAUUGGUAUCAAAAAACCAUUGUUAGUGGUGAUGAAUCGUGGACUUACUGUUAUGAACCAGAAAAUAAACGACAGUCGGCUGUUUGGCCAACAAAAGUCAUCCGGUCUCGAAGUGUUUCGAAAAAGAUGGUCGCGACAUUUGUAUCAAAAGCGGGUCAUAUUGCAACAAUUCCUCUUAAUGAGCAAAGAACUGUUACUGCGGAUUGGUAUACCACCAUUUGUUCGCCGAAAGUCAUCACCGAGCUUCGAAAAAUCAACCCCGAAAGAAGAAUCAUCCUCCACCAAGACAAUGCAAGCUCGCACACAGCCCAAACAACAAGGCAGUAUUCAACAGAAGAAAACGUGGAAUUAUUGGACCAUCCUCCAUAUAGUCCCGAUCUAAGUCCUAACGAUUUCUUUACUCUCCCGAAAAUUAAAAACAGACUGCGUGGUCAAAGGUUCCAGUCACCUGAAGAAGCAGUUGACGCAUUCAAAAAUGCCGUUUUGGAUCUGCCAGCAAACGAGUGGAAUAAGUGCUUCGAAAAUUGGUUCGAGCGCAUGCAGAUAACAGCAGAAAUAUUUAAUGAACGACAUGAGAACAGUAACGUGCAUCGAAAAUAUGUUGUAGAAUUCGUAACUAAAUUUCGGGAAACUGGUACCCGCAAAUUGGAGACUGUGUGUGGUGUUAGUCAACGUACUGUCCAACGGAUUCUAAAGGCCCAUAGUUUUCAUCCGUAUAAAAUUCACCUGGUACAAGUACUUAAUGCAGACGAUUUUGAUCGGCGAUUACAAUUUUGUGAAGAUAAGAACGCCAUAGAUCCUGCAUUAACAGCCAUAAUUGAAAAUCAGAAUGACCCGCGGUACAUUGCGAAUAGGUUAAGGAUGACUUUUCCAGAUCGAUGGAUUGGUAGAAAAGGUGCCAUUGAAUGGCCCCCAAGACAUACAAUCCUUUAG